GUCUUGGGAGAAUUUCACCCAAACCAUGACGGAUCUGGAGAAGCCAAAUAUCACAGGCCACAUGUUCGAUGUAGUCGUGAUUGGAGGCGGCAUCUCAGGAUUAGCUGCUGCCAAACUCUUGUCUGAAUACAAAAUCAAUGUCUUAGUUUUAGAAGCCCAGGAUAGAGUUGGAGGAAGAACACAUACCGUGAGGAAUGAACAUGUUAAAUGGGUAGAUGUUGGUGGAGCUUAUGUGGGACCAACCCAGAACAGAAUCUUACGCUUGUCUAAGGAGCUAGGCAUAGAGACCUAUAAAGUGAAUGUCAAUGAGCGUCUGGUUCAAUAUGUCAAGGGGAAGACUUACCCAUUUCGUGGUGCAUUUCCACCUGUGUGGAAUCCCGUGGCAUAUCUGGAUUACAACAACCUGUGGAGGACAUUGGAUGAAAUGGGAAAAGAGAUCCCUGUUGAUGCACCAUGGCAAGCACGACAUGCUGAGGAAUGGGACAAGAUGACCAUGAAAGAUCUCAUUGAUAAAAUCUGCUGGACAAAAACUGCUCGGGAAUUUGCUUAUACUUUUGUGAACAUUAACGUGACUUCUGAGCCUUAUGAGGUAUCUGCGCUGUGGUUCUUGUGGUAUGUGAGGCAGUGUGGUGGCACCACUCGGAUAUUCUCAAUCACCAAUGGUGGCCAGGAACGGAAAUUUUUGGGUGGAUCUGGCCAAAUAAGUGAACAGAUAAUGGACCUCCUUGGGGAUAAAGUGAAGUUGAGCUCUCCUGUUACUUAUAUAGACCAAACAGAUGACAACAUCAUUGUAGAGACACUGAAUCAUGACCACUAUGAGUGCAAAUACGUAAUUAGUGCCAUCCCACCAGCUUUGACUGCCAAGAUCCACUUUAAACCAGAGCUUCCAUCUGAGAGAAACCAGUUAAUUCAGCGUCUACCAAUGGGUGCUGUAAUAAAGUGCAUGGUGUAUUACAAGGAAGCCUUCUGGAAGAAAAAGGACUAUUGUGGCUGCAUGCUAAUUGAAGAUGAGGAAGCUCCAAUUUCAAUCACUUUGGAUGAUACCAAACCAGAUGGAUCAUUUCCUGCCAUCAUGGGCUUCAUACUUGCCCGGAAAGCAGAUCGACUUGCUAAGCUACAAAAAGAAAUGAGGAAGAAGAAAAUCUGUGAGCUGUAUGCCAAAGUUCUGGGAUGCCAAGAAGCUUUAUAUCCGGUCCAUUAUGAAGAAAAGAACUGGUGUGAGGAGCAGUACUCCGGGGGCUGCUACACAGCCUACUUCCCUCCUGGCAUCAUGACCAAAUAUGGAAGGUAAUAUCCAACCACUACAUCAACUCA